GAUAGAGGUUCUUUAAGUUAAGGUCAUAAUAAUAUAUAAUUUCAUAAACCCAAAUAAUUUGUGCUGCUUAAACUCUUUUCCCCAAUUUGUCAAGAACUCCCCAGUCCCUCGUUCAAAGAUCGUUCAAUUCCAGUAUCCUGAUUUUUGUUUUCCGUUACCCCGGUCCACGAGAAGCUUCUGUUGGUUCCGUCGACGUUUACGUUUCCGGCAUUCAGACCAUAUACCUUCUUUCAUCAUCUUCGUAUCUGCAAUCUGCAACCAGUUACUGCGACCGCUGGUAGACCAAACUACAUAUAGGGUUUGUCACCGGAGAAACAGCAAUGGAAAGCAAGCCACCAGCUGGCGCUGCCGCUUGGACUGGUGCGAAAGGCGGUCACACGGUGGAGGAAGGCGAGGCCAUGGUCCAAAAGGGAUUGCAAGAUUCAAAGGUUAAGUAUAUGAGGGAGCAAUUGGCGAAAGCGGGAUGCAGAGUUACUGGUAAUUUUUUCAAAGCCGUCCACUGCGAUAAGCCUGCCUCCGGCUUUUUUGUUCCCGAGGGUGGAGGGAUUAAAAUAUGUGCAAACAAUUUGAGAUUUCAAGAUGAAGUAACUCAAGUACUUAUCCACGAGCUCAUCCAUGCAUAUGAUCAUUGUCGUGCUAAAAAUUUGGACUUUAAGAAUAAGGAACAUCAUGCUUGCGCUGAGAUUAGAGCCAGCCAUCUUAGCGGGGACUGUCAUUUCAUGAGAGAGUGGUUGCGUGGACACUUCAAGAUAAAAGGUCACGAACAAGCAUGCGUGAAACGAAGAGUGGUCUAUUCAAUGUGUGACAAUACCAAUCAAUCGAAGCUUGAUGCAUGUGCUGCUAUGGAAAAAGUGUGGGAUACUUGUUACAAUGACAUGGAUCCUUUUGACAAACUUUCUUGAGUCAGAAAAUUAUCUUCGUCCCUUAAAGACCUUACUAUUUCCAUCUUUACAGAAUUCAAAAAAUCAAAUUGUGUUUGAUUGACAUCUAGAAAUGCUUUUUUGUCGUGGGUAAAUAUUAUUGUAGGGGGGUAAGGUUUUGACGUUUGGCACAUUUAGAUACUGAAACUUGAAGGUAAUAGAGUAAAUUGAUAAGAUUUUAUUUACUAAAUAGAGAAAGAGGACUUUACUUAAGGAUUUUCCAUAGAAAAAUACAAAACAUUAAAGAGCGAGUUGUGAACCAAGCUCACUUGGGGACUAACUCUGACUGUUUAGAGGACUGCUUAUUCAAGAGUUUAGAUGAUUAGGUUAUUUCUUUUAAUUUAGAAUGUAUGGAAGCUUUUUGCUGUUACUAGCCUUAUGUUUGCUUCCUAUUUAGAGAAAUUUGGUUGUUAUGGCUUUUAGUUUUUGUUUCCUGGAGAUGUGGCUGCAUUAUGGAGAUUGGAUGCUGACGUAUUAAUAGAAGAUGGUUUCUUCAUCUUUUGGAAUUCUUUUUGUUGUGAAAUGUAUUUAUUUCAACGGUAUUUUUUUAACGUG